CAUUUUUUUAGUACACGACUCUUUCUCGAAUCAAAAAAAAAUAACCAUGUCCUCAGUAUAUCAAAGAAAGUCAUCUGAACCAGAGAGAAAGGCUCAAGAAGAAGAACACCUUGAUAACGCCAAGUACCACACCGAGUUCGAAACGGUCAAAGAUGAUGCCGAAAGAGCAUCUGAGCUACACAAGGAACGCACUGGCAAAGAACUAGAUAUUUCUGAUAAGAAUGUUUUGGAGAGUGAUUUCCCGGAAAAGAAGUCGCCAUAGAUUUUGUUUGUUAAAGAGAGAUCUUUGGCUAUGCGGCGUUCCAAUUGGAUGGCCAAUUAGGCUUCUGAACACAAUGAUUGCGCGAUCCUGAACAAUCAAGCCAGUUUGAAAUAUAUAAAAUAAAAAUAAAAAGAAUUUGUAAUUAUCUCGAAUCUUUAUCUCUCC